GGGCAACUGGGCAUAUCAAUAACUCAAUGAACAUGGAUUCGUCUCGUGAACGAAACCGACAGUGAAAAAACACAUAAGAGCACUUCGUAAGAGCACUUGGUUCGUCCUCUGACUUGCCGCACUUGCAGCAAGAGGAUUCACUCACUCAGCGCACAGGCCUUCCCCUCAAUCGCAACUACUCCCUUAUCUUAUCACCCGCCCUCCCCGGUCUUAUCGCUCAGUAGAAGAACUCAUGCUUCUGCACGCAACACGCAAGAGGGGCACACGCAAGCAACAAAAGCGACGAGAGAUGCCGCGUCAGCUGAUUGCUUGUGGUCGACUUGCUCCCUCACCUUAUCCCACUCGAAGUGGUAUUUCUGCCUGAACUGGGCCAGCCCGACGCCCAGAACGCUGUCGAUCUUUGUCUUGAAUUGCGGGUGCUCGGCGAUCAGCUCCUCAUAGCGCUUGGCCGCUGCCUGGGCAUGCUCCUCAAUGUUGUCCACACCAUCAGCUGCACAAGCCACAGAUGGAUGCCAAGAGAGUGCUCAUGUGUAUCGUCAGUGAGUGUAUGUACCUGACAUGACGCCAGUGCCCGCGAUUCCCGUGGAGCGUCCCGCCUCCUCCAUGACCUCGUUCAAAUGAUCCUUCACGUCCUCCACCUGUGAGAGAGCGCCACAACAGGCACAUCCGAACGCAUGUAUGUUCGUUAAAUGCAUGUGUCAUGCGUGCGGUGUACCUGGUAGAGGACGUCCAUCAUUUCCGAGAUGUAUUUCAUCCGGUCUCCCACGCCCUCGAUGUGACCGAAGGGCUCGGCAACCGCCUCCAGACGCUCAAGCUCAGCCUCCCACAUGGGCAGCUCCUGGACCAGCAGGAAGUAAUCCUGCCAAUUCGAAGCCAUCACCUGCACCGCAAACGACACACAGAACAACGGGCACGCGCAACAGACGGAAAGAUCUGGGUGUGCUGACUGCGCAUCGUCUCUCUGUCGUGUGUUGCUGACCAUCGACUGGAAGUCGCUUGCCCUCUUGGCGACUCUUGUGGCGUCCAUCCACAUGUCGUCGUCCAACUUGGUUGGCGUCGCGAAGGUCCGCCGGCUGCCCAGAAGAGCAUCCGGACGCCGGGCGAGCACCGACGUGCAAGAUCCACAUGUGCGUGUCAAGCGACGGAGCAGCAUCCGGAAGGGCGCAGCCUCGAGAACGUUGGCUUGUUG